UGCUGGGCACCUUCGCUCUUGCUUCCUGCCUUCGCGACCCCGUCCCUGUCCCUCUGCUCCGCCGUCGCUGCUGCUGCUCACUCUCGUCGCUGCCUGCACCUCCGUCGCCUGCCGUGCAUCGUCUCGCAGCUGCUGCUCGCUGCACGCCCCUCGCAGCUCCUGCACGCAGCUCUCGCCCACGCGCCGGCUCUCGCUGUCGUGCGCCGCAUCCGCCUCUCUGCUGCUCCACCUGCUGCCACCGCACUGCUGCCUCCUCGCUGCGCAUCGCACGGCCUUCGCUCCGCACGCACAUCCUAGCCGCCGCGCCCUUCUGCGUGCUCGCGCCGCCGCAGCAUGUCCUUCUCGUGGAAGUCGCUGCUCGGCGCCUCGGGCAGCGGCGGCGCCGCGCCCGGCAGCAGCGGCGCCCUGGGGCCCGGCGGCAUGCCCACCGGCGGCCUCGCCGGCAGCGCAGCCAUGCUCGCCGCCGCACACGCGGGCGCCCUCGGCACGCACGGCGCCGCCAGCAUGGAUGCGGCGCUGGCCAGCAGCUGGGAGGAGGCCAGCGAGGAGAGCCGCCUGCUCGGCAUGGUCAACUUCGGCAACACUUGCUACGCCAACUCUGUCCUGCAGGCGCUCUACUUCUGCAAGCCCUUCCGAGACUCGAUGCUGGCGUACGUGCCGCCAUCAGCUUCGGGCGAGAGCGCGGCCGAGUCCGGCCAUCCGCGCCUCAGCUCCGACGCCGUCACCAUCUCGCCGCCCUCGUCGCCGAGCGCAAAGAUGGCGACAGCAGGCCGCGCGGCGCCGGCGCUCAACGGCGUUGCUGCGCAUCGGCCAUCCACUGGACAUGCCGCGCUGCAGCAACGGCCAGGCACGGCAGACACCGAGAAGGCCGAUUCCGCCAGCCACAAGCGCAAGAGCAGCGCCACGUGGGGCUUCGGCAAGGGCAAGGCGCUGCCGUCUGCGCGCGCCCGGCCAGCGACGAGCCACGAGGCAGAGGCGCUGGGCGCGGCUGCUUCGCGCGAGACAUCCUCCUCGCGAGGCAGCGGCGAGGCGGAGCGCGCACAUGCCAACGGCGCAGCCGCUGAUGACAGCCCGCUGGACGACACGGCGUCGCUCUUUGCGACGCUGCGUGAUCUCUUCCACCUCAUCGCAACGGAGCCGCCACAGCUGCCGCCCGCUGCCAUCGCUCCGGCCGCUGGCUCUGCAGCGCCUGGCGCGUCGGCAUCGUCCGGCUCAACGAGCCUGGGCCGCAAGGGCUCGUCGCGUCCGGCGCCGAGCGCUGGUCGCGGCGGUCUUGGCAACGCCGUGCUUGCCGCGGCAGCUGCAGCAGGAGGCGCCACGCCUGCCUCGCAAGCUGCGCCAGCCACGCCUGUGAACGGCCUGGCCAUCGGCGGCGGCGAGGCGGCUGGCACGGUCAAUACGCGCGCACUGCGCGGCUUUCUGAAUGCUCUGAAGCGCGAGAACCUGCUGUUCGACAGCAACUUGCACCAGGAUGCGCACGAGUUCCUCAACUUCAUCCUCAACCGCGUCGGCGAGGACAUUGUCGCCAUGCCGCGGGAAGAGGACGACACGCGGCGCGGCAGCGCGGCCAGCGAUCACGCGCCGACGGUGGAGGACGGCGACAUGCCGCCGUUGCCGGUGCAGCCUGUGCACCGCCGCAGCGUCAAGGAGGUGGCUGGCGGCCAGACAUGCGUGCAUCGUCUGUUCGAGGGCAUCCUGACGAACGAGACGCGGUGUCUGACAUGCGAGACUAUCACGUCGCGCGACGAGGCCUUUCUCGAUCUCUCCAUCGACAUUGAGCGCAACUCGUCGGUGACAUCGUGCCUGAAGCAGUUCAGCGCCAGCGAGAUGCUCUGCUCGCGCAACAAGUUCUUCUGCGACACGUGCUCGGGCCUGCAAGAGGCAGAGAAGCGCAUGAAGGUCAAGCAGCUGCCCAAUGUGCUGGCGCUGCACCUCAAGCGCUUCAAGUAUGAGGAGCAGCUGCAAAAGUACGUGAAAUUGACGUACCGCGUCGUCUUUCCGUUCUCGCUGCGGCUCUUCAACACGUCCGACGACGCGCCCGACCCGGAUCGACUGUACGACCUCUUUGCCAUCGUGGUGCACGUCGGCACUGGCCCGCACCACGGCCAUUACGUCGCCAUCAUCAAGGUCGGCCGGCGCUGGUGCGUCUUUGACGACGAGACCAUCACCUUCAUCGAGGAGGCCGACAUUGUGCGCUACUACGGCGACACGCCCGGCACGGGCUCUGCGUACGUCCUGUUCUAUCAGGCGCGUGAUCUGGACUUCGAGGGCCUCGGCCUGCCCCCUCACGCGCCGCUGGCAUGGGCACCGCCGCCGCCGCCGCGCGCCUUCAUGGCGCAGGGCAUGUCCGGCGCAGCAGCUGGCACGGCGUCGGCCGGCAGCUAUGCCACGCCGCUGGCUGGCGGCUCCCACGCUGGAUCGGGAGCCGCGACACCCGCGGGCAGCGCUGCCGCGACACCCGCUGGCUUCUUCGCGCGCAGACAGGCCAGCGGCGCCGAGACAGAUCUGCCGUCGGGCGCGCAGACGCCCGCAUCUCAGAGCGGCGCCGGCGGAGCCAACGGCGGCGGCUGGCUCAGCAGUCUGCGCAGCGGCGGGCGCGAGCGGCGCGCGACGAACAGCAGCAUGGGCGCGAGCGCGCCGAACACGCCGGCGGACGCGCUCUCCAACUCGAUGACGCUGCCGCCGCCGCCUAGCUCCUUCCGCCCGCCAGUCGUCUCCACGAACGCGGGCCUGGGCUUCGAGCAGCAAGACGAUGCCGCCUCGAUGCGUACUUCGUCGACGGGCUCGGCAGCCGCCGCCCUGGUGGCGCGGGGCCGCUCAGACGGCACGGUGGGCCUUGGGCUGCCCAAUGCCGCCGGCAUCUCGCGCACGAGCUCAGCGUCGCCCGGGCCGCGCAGCACGCAGCUGCCUGCCACGCUCGUCGAGGAGCCCGUCACGUUUGGCGACUACACGCCGGCCGUGCCCGCCGCCGCGUCACUGCAGGCGCCGUCAGCACCGGACCAGACGCUCGUCUCGCCGAUGAGCGAGGUGCCCGGCGUCAGCCUUGACAGCGUGGCCCGCGGCGCUGCCCCGACAACGCCCUCGAAGCCGGCCGCUGCGCCAACAGCCAGCACGCCGUCGCCAUCGCCAAUGAAGGCGUCUGCCAGCGGUGGCGCCGUACCCGCAUCGCCGUUGGUGUCGCAGGGUGCCGCCUUUGCGCCAGCCGACCGGCCGCUUUCCAAGAAGGAGCAGCAACGCAUCGCCAAGGAGAGCCGGCGCUCCAGCGUGCACUCGACGCACGGCACGGCGCUGCCCAUGGGCAUGACUGCCGCGCCAUCGGCACCUGCCCUGCCCUCGAGCUUCACGCCUGCCCAGACUGAGGGCCACGUGAAGCGCCGCAGCACGCUGGGCCGAUUCGGCUUCGGCAAGAAGGACAAGGACAAGUAGCAAUGCCAGAGCGCUUGACACCUUGACACAGACGCACACGAGUCCGGUGACAGCAGCGUUGCAGUAUCAUGGCCCAAACGGACUGGCGCUGCUCUGUGGCGGCAGUGGCGCCGGCGACGAGAAGGCGCGCCAGAACGGCUUGAUGAUGAGCAGCGCGAGCGCGAGCAUGAGCAGCAGCACGAGCAGCAGGAUGCACU